GUCAAGCAUUGCGGAGGCGCGGCCUUUCUACGUCAUCGACAAUCGCACACCGCCCAGCCAGUGCGAUAGUGUUCACUCAAGUGUCAGUCUCGCCGGUUUCCUCUACGCUACGCGACCGGCAAAAGAAAAAAAAAUCCAAAGGUCUAGCGGGGAGUACGAUGGAUGAAUCAUCGGAACAAACGCGGCCCUUCAUGAGAACAGGUCUAGAUGAGGAGGCGAUAGUUGACCAUGGAAAGAGCAGCUUCACUAUUCAAACAAACUACGAAAAGGAUGACUUAGAAAGCCACAGAGCAGUGUACGUAGGCGUUCAUGUUCCUAUUGGAAGAGAAAGCAAGCGGAGGCAUCGUCACAGAGGACACAGGCACCACAGAAAGAGAAGGGAUAAAGAUUGUGAAGAUGGGAAGGAGGAUGACAGAGACUCUCCCCCUUAUGACACGCCAUCCCAGCGGGUCCAGUUCAUUCUGGGGACGGAGGACGAUGACUUGGAGCAUGUUCCCCAUGACCUCUUCACCGAGUUGGAUGAGCUAUCCUUCCGAGAUGGCAGUGCCACUGAAUGGAGGGAAACUGCCAGGUGGCUUAAGUUUGAAGAGGAUGUGGAAGACGGCGGGGAAAGAUGGAGCAAGCCUUACGUGGCUACGUUGUCACUGCAUAGUUUAUUUGAACUGCGUAGCUGCAUCCUCAAUGGCACGGUCAUGCUGGAUAUGAGGGCCAACAGUAUAGAGGAAAUUGCUGACAUGGUGAUAGAUAGCAUGGUGGCGUCAGGCCAGCUCAAGGAGGACCUGCGGGCGAAAGUGCGUGAGGCAAUGCUGAAGAAGCACCACCAUCAGAAUGAGCGAAAGCUCAGUAAUCGCAUCCCUUUGGUGCGCUCCAUUGCUGACAUAGGCAAGAAACAUUCUGACCCUCUCUUGCUAGAACGAAACGGAGAGGGCCUUUCCUCUUCGCGUCUCUCCCUCCACAAGCCAGGAGCGGCUUCUUCUGCCUCCAACCUGCCUCAGAGACAGGAAUCCCGAGUUUCCAUUCUACUCAACCAUCUCCUACCCUCCUCUUCCUCCAACAUGGGGCGGCUCCCAGGUCCCUCUUCCCACACCACCCCUCAAAGUACCCCUACCUCCUUUCGCCGUGCCUUCCCGAGUCCCCCACGUGCCCAUGGAGCUGGCUUUGGCCCUUAUAGCAUCCCAGAAGUGGUGGUGUCACCGCCCAAGGAUGAUGACCCACCAAACUCAACAGAGGAAGAGGCAUCUUGGCCCCAGUUCAGCCGGCAAUCAUCCUGUGCAUCCCAGGGAUCUGAGCAGCUGCCCUUAGAAGGACCACUGGUUCAUCCAAACUCCGUCCCGAACUACCUGGACAGUGAAAAGGCAGUGGAGAGGCGGCCUUCUAAAGUAGGGGUCAGUAGAGAAAGCAGCAGUGUCGACUUCAGCAAGGUGGAUAUGAAUUUCAUGAAGAAGAUUCCCCCCGGUGCUGAAGCUUCCAAUGUUUUGGUGGGGGAAGUUGAUUUUUUGGAGAAACCUAUUAUUGCCUUUGUUCGACUGUCCCCUGCAGUUCUCAUCACCGGCCUCACUGAGGUUCCGGUGCCCACAAGGUUUCUGUUCCUGCUUUUGGGUCCUCAUGGAAAGGGUCCUCAGUACCAUGAGAUAGGCAGAUCAAUGGCCACUCUGAUGACAGACGAGAUUUUCCACGAUGUGGCGUACAAGGCCAAAGACCGAACAGAUCUCCUCUCUGGGAUUGAUGAGUUCCUUGAUCAGGUGACGGUCCUCCCUCCUGGAGAGUGGGACCCCACGAUCCGGAUUGAACCACCUAAAAAUGUCCCAUCCCAGUUAAAGAGGAAGAGGCCAUCCCAUCCUAAUGGCACCGCAUCCCCAGCGGGAGAACUGGAAAAGGAAGACGACCACCAUGUGGGACCAGAGCUGCAGAGGACUGGAAGGAUAUUUGGUGGUCUGAUCCUGGACAUCAAGCGGAAGGCCCCCUUUUACUGGAGUGACAUCAGAGACUCCUUGAGCCUGCAGUGUCUCGCCUCUAUUCUUUUCCUCUAUUGUGCCUGUAUGUCUCCUGUCAUUACAUUUGGAGGUCUGCUUGGGGAGGCAACCAAAGGCAACAUAAGUGCCAUUGAGUCUCUUUUUGGGGCCUCCUUGACUGGAGUAGCGUAUUCACUCUUUGCGGGCCAACCCCUAACAAUUCUUGGCAGCACAGGACCUGUUUUAGUGUUUGAGAAGAUCCUCUUCAAGUUCUGCGCUGACUAUGGGCUGUCCUACCUGUCCCUGCGAACAAGCAUUGGUCUGUGGACCGCCUUCCUAUGUCUGGUCCUGGUUGCCACGGAUGCUAGUUCCCUGGUCUGCUAUAUCACUCGCUUCACAGAAGAAGCUUUUGCAGCGCUAAUCUGCAUCAUCUUCAUCUAUGAGGCUCUUGAGAAGCUCUUCCACCUUGGAGAACAUUAUCCUGUCAACAACCACAACAUUUUGGAUAACCUCACAUCUUAUUCGUGUCAGUGCUCUGAGCCAGCUAAUGCCUCAGCUCAGCUCCUGAAAAAGUGGAACCAGACAGGAUACAGUCCAGACUCCAUACCAUGGAGCAGCCUCAAUGUUUCGAUGUGUAAAUUGCUGAAUGGGGAGUUUGUAGGCACAGCGUGCAGUAACCAUGGACCCUACAUCCCAGAUGUUCUCUUUUGGUCCAUAAUCCUCUUUUUUGCCACCUUUUUCUUGUCCUCUUUCCUCAAGCAGUUCAAAACAGAGCGCUAUUUCCCUACUAAGGUGCGAUCCACAAUCAGUGAUUUUGCUGUCUUUAUAACAAUCAUGAUCAUGGUUUUGGUGGACUACUUAAUGGGGAUCCCUUCUCCAAAGCUAAAUGUCCCUGAUCGGUUUGAGCCUACUUCAAAGAACAGAGGCUGGCUGAUGGAUCCAUUAGGAGAAAACCCCUGGUGGACGCUGUUGGUGGCAGCGCUUCCUGCCCUGCUGUGCACCAUCCUCAUCUUUAUGGAUCAACAGAUCACUGCUGUCAUCAUCAACCGAAAAGAACACAAGCUCAAGAAAGGCUGUGGCUAUCACCUGGACUUACUGGUGGUGGCAGUAAUGCUUGGCGUGUGCUCAAUUAUGGGCCUGCCAUGGUUCGUGGCAGCAACUGUCCUCUCCAUUUCCCAUGUUAACAGCCUAAAGGUGGAAUCUGGUUGCUCUGCUCCUGGUGAACAGCCAAAGUUUCUAGGUAUCCGGGAGCAGCGAGUCACUGGAUUCAUGAUCUUUGUCCUCAUGGGUUGUUCCGUUUUCAUGACGUCUGCGCUCAAGUUCAUUCCCAUGCCAGUGCUGUAUGGAGUCUUCCUCUACAUGGGUGCCUCAUCUCUCAAAGGAAUUCAGUUCUUUGACAGAAUCAAGCUGUUUGGCAUGCCUGCGAAGCACCAGCCUGAUCUUAUUUACUUGCGGUAUGUGCCACUGUGGAAAGUCCAUAUUUUCACCCUGGUACAGCUCACCUGUCUGGUACUCCUCUGGGUCAUCAAGGCCUCUGCUGCAGCUGUGGUCUUCCCCAUGAUGGUUCUUGCUCUGGUCUUCAUCCGAAAGCUUCUCGACUUCUUCUUCACUAAGAGAGAGUUGAGCUGGCUUGACGAUUUGAUGCCAGAGAGCAAGAAGAAAAAAGAAGAUGACAAGAAAAAGAAAGCGCGUGCAAAGCUGGAAGCUGAGUCUCGAAUGCAAGACGAAGAAGAGCUGGGACUGCAGGUCAGCUACGAGGGCUCCAACCUGCUCAACAUCCCAGAAAAGACCCUCUCAGGGAGUUCUGAGUCUGACCCCUUGGUUGUAAAUAUCUCUGAUGAAAUGGCCAAAAGUGCAGCAUGGAGAGCAGUGAACUUGAGCGGCGACUCUCAUAGCCAACCUGUGAGACAUAGUGGAAGCCGGGACAAGGCAGCCUGCGUUAGAGUGGACAUCAGCCCCCACACACCGGGAGAGAGUUCCACCACAGAGACGUUCUUGUGAAAGCAUCUCCGACCGCAUGACACCCCAACAUAUACUGUACACGCAGCUUAAUCUGCCACCGAAUCUCCAGCACAGCAGGUGAGCUCCACUAGGACUGUGCGAGUUGCCAUGGUGAAGUGCCAUGAUUUACUGUUGAUGACAAUAUUGUACCCCAAGUAGUGAUGUCAUUUUUUUUUUUUUUUUUUUUUUUUGGGGGGGGGGGACCAUUUGCACCUCUGAUGCCAAAGGAACGGGCCUCACCGGUGGGGAUCUUUGACUGAGUCAUUGUUUGUUUUCAAUUUUAUUGUGGUCACCAUUUUAGUCUUUAUGUUUACCGCUAGUGAGCAGACCAGCAGUGUUUGAAGGUCAUAUUAAGACUACACCAGCCGCCAUUCAAUGAAGGCCAUUCAGGAAAAAUACAUGCCAGUGAAAAAUGUCUCAUUACCGAUAUGUCACUGGAGAAAAACCAAAACGGAGGUACUCCGAAAGAAUUACACAACACAUGCUGCUACGUCAUCGCAGGUCAAACAAUCAUCUUGUUGGGUCAUCCUCUUUAAAGAGAACAUUGUUGCUUAAAUGUCAUCACUUGUUUUCAUAUAAAUAUAGGUGGAAUAUGAACGCAGGUAUAUCUGUGAUCUUUUCAUUCAUAGUGCUCUAUAAAAAUUACUUCAGAGGCCAUAUGAAGUCUGUACUGUACAGUAAGCACUUUGCCAGUAUAAUUUCUUACCUUAUAUGAAUCCUAGUGUGUUGUUGUUGUUGUUAUUAUUAUUAUUAUUAUUAUUGUUGUUGUUAAAUGUUGCUUCUCUUUACAAUAUGUUAAAAGUUCAGAAAUUUCAAUUACGUACAUUACUCAGAAAUCUUAAAGAUUUCUGACUGCGGUCACAGAAUUUCUCUCAAAGGGCAGUGAGAAUGUCUGCUUUAUUAUUAUUAUUUUUAGACUCCAUCAUCAUUACCACAACAGUUUUAAUCACUGAUUUGAAUUAUUAUUAUGUUUACUCAACGGAUAGCAUCACAAGCGCUACGACAGUCGACAUCUCUUAGUUCGACAAAUGAGGACUAACUAAUUAAAAUGAAAAAAUUAAUGAUUUUACUUCACUGUGACGCUAUCAUGGAUGAAUAAAGCAUCUGCCAAAGUACAGUGGAACCUUAAAGGGAGCAUAUUAGCAUAUAACCCCGCACAGUGAACCACGAGACAAGUAACUGGGUGUGUAACAUACGCUAUGAAUCUUGAACGUUGUCACACAAUUGAUGUUAAACUCCAAUAUAAUUCAAAACAAUACCACACUCUACUUGUGGGUGACAAAGUAUAUUGCAGCUAGCCGACAUGUUGCUAGUGCUAGCAGCUAAUGUUAGCAGCCGUCUUGCUUUCUUUGGGCAUUCGAUUUCUUUUAACAGCCAUGAAUGAAGUAGUACUUCAUUUCAUAAUACAAUGUUAGCGAGAGAUCGGGACUAACCUCCACCACAAAGAAAAAGGAUUUAGAGACACAAGACGGCGGCAUAGGACUACAUAAAGACCCUCUAACCUUUUAAAGGAGAAUGAAACCCGUUUUUGAGGAAGCUGCCAUGUUUUGUAAUUUCACCCUCUGCUGUAGACAUUUUAAUGUCACAAAUGAAGCCAAAUUUGUUAAUGUUGUUCAAACCAUCCUGUCAUCUACUCGUAGUUAUGUUAGUUAUCCCGGCAUAUACGGUGAGUCUGCAGACAUGUUUUUUGGGUGUGGUCACAUGAUGUUUGUAACCACAAGUUGUUGCGCUAGUUUUAGUUGACAGCGUAGGGGAAUAUUGCCAAACAUGCCGGCCCCUUGCGCUGGAUGAAUAGCGAGGAGUUAAUCUGUUAUUUGGCACCUCAUUGCCACAAAAUGCUCCUGAAGUGCAACUUUUAUAUUAGAAAGGACUUUUUUUCAUCAACUAACAGGAUUAGUUCCCCAAAACAAUCCAUGAAUGUGAGGGAACACUUAAAAAAGCAAAAAAAAAUGGAGUAAAAGUGCAUUGUGCGGUAAUUAUUUGACGCUCGCUAAACGGGCAUUACAGUUCUGCCCUUUCAGUUUUUGUCAGAGCAUAUUUUACUGAAUUGAUGCGCUAUUUUGUACAACUUUGAGUGUUCCACUGUACCCGAUGGCAGUUCCUGCUGUGUUUAGCUGACGCCGACAACACGCACAGCACACUCUUCCACACAAAACACCACCAGCCUAAUGCUGUUGCAGAGGGUAAAAAGAAUAUGUGACCCCAGUUAGUUGCACCUAUUUUUAUACCGUCUGUAUUACUUUAUCCUGUGUGUGGUGGACAAAAAAAAAAUGUAUUUUAGUGAUGCUAAACAUUUUAUGCAAAGGAAAUAUUUCUACUGUAAAUGUGACAUUUAUAAUAUUAUACAAAGCCGUUCUAAUUUUUGCUAAGUGCAGUCUAGUUUUAGCAAUAAAUGUUCCAUAUGUAUGGAUCCAUGACACUAGCGAAAAUCCAGGUGAGGAAUAAUUGUCGCUCUAUCUGUGUAGCUGUAGUGACUAUGUGCCUUGUAAGAGCUCUUUAUGUGCAAGUGUUGUACUCCUAAUUAAGUGUUCAGAAUACAUAGAUACAUGUAAACAUAUCUACACGGCGGCAUACGAUAAAUGAAUCCCAAAGACGAAGCGGCGUCGGUUAGGAGCGGACCCAGAGCACUAUUUAUUUACUGGUGUAUUAUUCAGCCAUGCCUGUGUUCAAGUCGUAGCUACCAACUCCAGUUUGGGAUUAGAUUAUGCCCCUGAUUGCAAACUGAAUUCAUGUUUGUAUACUUGUUCUGUUGUAACAUUCGUGAAUGUUUCCGCGCAACAUCGAUGAAAUAAGUGGUGUCUAGUCUGGAUCUCGACUUUCCAUAAACCCAAAUUUAAAUUGGGUCCUGCCACACAAAUCAGCUUUCAAACUAAAAGUGCACACUCACCAAUUGGUAUUUGAUACUUUAAGUUCUUGUUGAAUCUGGUGUUGUACAAGCCUAUAAAUAAAAAAAAAACAGCAUACAGAAUCAAAGCAGAGAUGUAUUCAAGUGAAAAAGACGGAAUCUUGUUGUUAGCAAGAAUGAUGACUUACUGGAUGUCAAGUUGGAAAGCA